UUGGCCAACACACCUUAUAUAAACCCAAUAUGUAUCUAUUACAUAUAUAUUUAGACUAAGUAUCAAAAUUCUCAACCCAAAUUCGUUAAGCCUUUAUUAAAGAUUCAGAACAAGAUAAAAAUCUGAGUGUACGUACGUAGGUAGGUAGGUACAAAUGGUAAGAGCCCCAUGUUGCGAUAAGAUGGGAUUGAAGAAAGGCCCGUGGACGCUACAAGAAGACCACAUCCUCAUCAAUUACAUUAAUAUGUAUGGUCAUGGCAAUUGGCGCGCUCUCCCUAAACUAGCUGGUUUAUUGCGAUGCGGAAAGAGUUGUAGGCUAAGAUGGACUAAUUAUCUUAGCCCAGAUAUUAAAAGGGGCAACUUCACUCGAGAAGAAGAACAAACCAUCAUACAAUUGCAUGCAGCCUUGGGAAACAGAUGGUCAGCCAUUGCAGCACGACUACCAGGUCGUACAGAUAACGAAAUAAAAAACGUAUGGCACACUUAUUUGAAGAAGAGAGCAGUGAACGAGCAUGAAAAUUUUGAGCAGCAAAGAGACACAUUAAAAGAAGAGGACGACGUCGUGGUGGAGUCAUCACCGUCAUCUUCAUCAUCUAAUAAACCCUCCUCCGAAAUCAUCAAUAAUAAUUAUAGUGGCGGGCAUAAUAAUCCCCAAACUAGUUCUAAUACCAGUGACAUAUCUUCUGGGAUCUCGAAUGAUAACGGUGGUGACAUACAAAUAUUAUUGAGGAAUAAUAAUUCACAACUAAUGGAUGACGAUUUUUGGUCGGAGAUUUUCUCAGCUGGCGAAAUUAGCUCCAUGAUGACUACUACUGUGGAAGGGGAGUACAAGUAUACAUCAAGCAGCAUUAUGCAUGAUGACAUGCACUUUUGGUUCAAUGUAUUUACUAAAGGGGAUGAAUUAUUAUAAUUAGAUAUAUACUACGAGUAUCUAAUUAAGCAA